AUAACGAACGCGAACGCCGAAACGGGAAGUGCCUGCCGGAGGUACUCUUCGGCGUUUGAAUAAGUGCGACCGCGUGAACGUGAACGUCACAACGUCAACGGUGUCUCGCGAUUCCGACCGGUGGAUUUGUCAUUUCUCAUACGCGAUCGGCACGUGCUCCGCUUUCUCGUGGACGCGAAACGCAAACGCAAGCGCGAACGUAAACGUGAACGCGUGAACGCGAGUCGCAGAUCGCGAGCGUCGCGGCGCGGCGCGCAUGCCGUACGUACGCGACGUGAUCCUGCGAACUGCGAACAUGGAGGUCGCGCGGAAGGUGCAUUACGACGCACGUGACAUGAAGAACGGCGAGCUUUCCUGGAGCUGCGGUCGCAACAGUCCCGAUUGCGACGUCCUCGAUUCCUCUGUCGACGAGUUUGACUCGCCACCUCCGCUACAACCGCGCAAGCUGUUCAACGCGCUGGAUUGCAACGACGAUGAGGGCCAGCCGACCAACAAUAACAACAAGAUCCCACCCUCCAUAACAGGUACUCCAGCUAUCAAGAUCCCUGCCAAUCGUGAAAUUGCUUCUCACAAAAAUUCAUGCAGUCCACCUUAUAAGCGUGUUAGGGCGUUACGUUUAUUUGAUUCACCCACUACUCCAAAAACAUUAAUUGAGAAGAGUGUAUUACAAACUCCAAUACCUUCAAGAUGUUCCAAGCUUUUUAAUCUAGAUAAACCUAGACCUUCUAAAAUAAGUCCUAGUUAUCAGAACAAAUCUGAAAAGCCUGCUGCAAACUUGAAUCCAUUCACACCUUCCGGCAUGUUAAUAGCAGCGAGAAAAAGAAGCAGAUCUAAACGUAGUCUCAACGGUAGUUCACCGGAUAUACAAGUCCCAAAGUGUGACCUCGUCGAAUCUGAAGAUUCCGACAACGAAUACGAGCACGCGACGAAACGCUUAGCAUUGCAGGACUCGAAUAUAUCACGUUAUCAUAAAGAGUUUCACGAACUUGGUUUAAUCGGAGUCGGUGAAUUCGGUUCCGUGUUCAAAUGCAUCAAUCGGUUGGAUGGAUGUACAUAUGCUAUCAAGAAGAGUAUUAAACCUGUAGCGGGCAGUAUCAAUGAGAAGAACGCGCUAAACGAAGUGUAUGCGCACGCCGUACUCGGCAAACAUCAACAUGUCGUACGCUAUUAUUCUGCUUGGGCGGAGAAUAAUCAUAUGAUAAUACAGAAUGAAUAUUGCAAUGGUGGUAGUCUUGCAGAUACAAUAACUUCAAUGAGGAUAAAGAAAACACGUUUCAACCAGGCUGAAAUGCGCCAACUGUUGCUGCAUGUUGCUGAGGGGUUAAGGUAUAUACAUAGCAUGCAGCUUGUGCACAUGGACAUCAAGCCUGGCAACAUCUUCAUUACUAAAGAAAAGAGAUUGCUCGCUCUCAAUUAUGAUUCUGCCGACGAUGGUUUUGAUGAGGAACCUGUCAAUGAAGAGAUUACUUACAAGAUUGGCGAUCUUGGCCAUGUUACUUCUAUCAACAAUCCACAAGUUGAGGAGGGUGAUUGCAGAUAUCUACCGACGGAGAUUUUGCACGAGAAUUUUAAUCAUCUACCAAAGGGUGAUAUUUUUGCCUUGGGACUGACUGUUUACGAGGCAGGUGGCGGUGGGCCUCUACCAAAGAACGGACCCGCGUGGCACGAAAUUAGACAAGGAAAUUUACCAGAUUUGUCGCACUGCAAUCGCGAUAUGAACAAUUUGUUGAAGCUGAUGAUUCAUCCCAAUCCAGAAACGAGGCCAUCGGCAGUAUUCCUGAUACAACAUCGAGUUUUAUGUCCGAUCGGAAAAAAAACCAAAGCACAAUUACGAAGAGAAUUGAACGCUGAGAAACUCAAGAAUGAGAUCUUAUCUAAACAACUUCAUGACGCGGCGAUGUACCUGAAAACUAUCGCACCGAAUGUUGUUACCGAGGGUAGUAAUUGCGAUCGACAGUUGCGACCAAUAAUGACCAGAAUGUCGUCAUCUCGCAUUAUAGGCAAAAAAGUUAAUCGUAGCAACAGCACUACGAACUUUUAAAUCUUCUUUUUUCCUUAAAUUUUUGACACAGGUAAAGUUUCAGAAGAUGAAACUUGAAGGAGCAAUCGAUUUCCUGAACACCUUAACAUGUGAUACCGCAUCUAGUUUUUAAGUAUGAUUACUGCAGUGAAAUAAGAUGUUUAUACCAGAAUGCAAAAUGAAAUACGAUUAUAAGAGAGCAUUUCCCUA